AACUAUGCUGAAUUUUUAUUUGUCUUAGAUCUUUGGUAUCCGUGGGAGCAUCUGUGGGAGCAGUAACAAAACAGACCCUGUUCCCUCCUCUCAUGCCUGCAGGGCGACCUUUCCGUGUGUCGAAUGCCUCCCGGAGCAGCCGGAAAGGAAUUGUUGCAAGCAGUCUGCAAGAGCUCAUCAGCAAGACUUUAGAUGCCUUCCUUAUAUCUGCUGGAAUAGUGACUCUGGUUUUGGAAGAAGAUGGCACUGUUGUGGACACAGAAGAGUUCUUCAGGUCUCUGAAUGAUAAUACACACUUCAUGGUUCUAGAGAAAGGACAGAAAUGGACACAAACAAGAAACGGAGUUGCUACUGUGAGACAAAAGAAGAAAAUGGGAGUAGCUAACAUCACGUUUGAUCUCUACAAGCUGAACCCUAAGGAUUUUAUUGGCUGUUUAAACAUCAAGGCGACCUUCUACGAGAUCUACUCUGUCUCAUAUGACAUCAAAUGUAUGGGAGCAAAAAGGGUACUGCGGAAGGUGCUUCAGCUAAUAUCCCACGGAGCACAAAUAGCUGGACAGUUUCUUCUCUAUACUGGAACAUACAUGUUGCAGUUGAUGGGUGAAUAUGAUGAAGAUGGCACGUGUACAAGAUCAAGGCGGGAGUAGUGAGCACAGCUGCACUUCUGGUAUCGGAUCCUUUUGCUUAAAGACAUUCUCUUGCCCAGCUUUGAUUGUAACGAUGUUAUAGUAAGGGGAUGUCCACUGAUGUGAACUAACAUUUUUCCCAUUUGGGAAUGCUUGUAGGCCUUAGUCAUAAAAUGUUUGGUGUUUACAGGCUUUUAACACAGCAAAAGAGUGGGUGCCUAAUCUCUGAGAAUUUGGCAAAAGGAGAGAGGGCAGGUUUUUUCCCCAGCAACUCAAAAUGGAGAAUAAGUAUAUUUGGAAACUUGAGUGCUUUGUGACCAGUGGAAAAUUUCUUGCACUGGUUAAAACAAUUCAGUUGGGUGUUUUCAUGGCUGUCUACUUGCCUUCUGAACAGACUGGGAUCUAAGGUGGGGGCAAGGGGGACUGUUUUGGUUUUAAUCCAUAACAGUGCUGUUAUCAGUACCCAACUGUCAUUGAGGUAGAAAAGGGUGAAGGGGACUUAUUUACUCCUGCUAACAGUGGAACUACACAAUACAAUUGAAUCCUGGUUCAGUGGCUGACUACACUCAGGAAGUCUUAAUUGGAAGAAGUGCAACUAAUAAGCAGAAUUUUAAAACUUAUCUUUACUUCCCUUAAAACAAGUAAAAACAUUUAAUUAUAAUUCUUUACAUUUUUCUUCAAAUCUACAGAACAUUCAGGUUAGUAAAGCUCAACUUUAUAUUUCUUUAAUGGGUCUGAUGUCCAGUUCUGCCAGAAGUAUUGAAUAAUUUGCCAUAGUUUUAUGAAUAUGGUUUACAAGUAAACCUCUGAGGGAAGCUUCAGCAAGUAAACCAUCCCUUCUGUAAUUUUUACUGUUCAGUUACAAGAUGACACUACAUCCCAAGUUGUACUUGAGGUACAUGUAAGAGAUGCUGGAUUUUGAUGCCCCUGUGUUUAGGGGAGAGCAUCAGGAUGCUAUCUAAGUCUUGUGUGACAUAUAUAUAUGCUCUAAGCUGGAUAUUUGCUGUUUCAUAGUCUCCCAAGACAAGCUGUACUAAAGGGCAAAGUUUUUAAUCCCUAGAAUUGUCCACAAUGUUUUCUGCAGUUUAGUGAACUGCUAGUAUGACCAGCCUCCAGCAAGCUUUUUCUCAACAGUGUAGAAAACUGGAAAACUAUCAGUGUUAGGCAUCUUGUGUCAAAAUACAAACUCCUGUUGCUGAAGGGAAAAAGCCCAACUUUGUUCGUUCAUAGGUGUGUCUUUUCAGGUUUUAAUUUGCUUGCUCAUGAAUUGUAGUAAAUUAUGGUUUUGCUUAAUACAGAAAGCUGUUAGGAACAGCACAUACAGGUGAAUGCAUCUUACCUGGCAGGAGGUGACAGCUAGGAAGAGAAGCUCUGGUGACAGAGUGAACGAGUGGGGCAGGGGAAGAAAGCAGUGAGAGCAAAAGGGAAAAGACCCGUGUGGACCCCCCAGUGCUUGCAUGCCUCUGCUGAGCCAGGAAUCCAUUAACUGUAUGCAUCCACUGCACUGAUCAGUUGGAAGAAAACCUAAUCUGCUAAGAGGUGCAGUGGGCUGAAAAGACCAUCAUGGUUGGUGGGACAUAUUCCAUUGCUGGGUCUGUUCACUUCAAAUGUCACUAAUAUGUGGGAAAUUUUUCUCACUUUUACCUUCAAAUUUCACCUUUAUAUCCUUAUUUUUGCCUUCCCUUUAUGGAUGUGACUUACCUAGCUGGAGCUGCAUCUUUCAAAUCACUGUUGUGAUGAAAAGCAGUCUAAAUCCAAGUUUUAAAGGGACUGAUGGACACAAGUUCAGUAUGUUUCUGUCUGUCUCUUCAGUAAUGGUAUUACAAAUAAGUAGACAGCUAAGAAAAACCCUGGGGUUUUUUUCCCCAAUUUCUGUUGUUUCCCAUUUACUUCUGAGUGUUUGCUGGAGGAGGGGGGGAGAGCACACUGCUCCAGACAAGAGGAGGGCUGGUUCCUUCUUAAUUUCUCACAGGGAAGAGUGCCUGUAGGUUGCAGCACUAUCAGGUUUCCUUCAGAAUAAAACAAACUAUUCUGAGUAUUGAGGAAGAGGUUAUAUUAAAAUGGAAACUUUAUACUUCAUCUGUAUUGUUCUUGACAGCACGCACCCCCCAAAUGAUUUUUGCCAUGAUAUAACUGUUGGCCAAAGUUUUUCUACCCCUAACCAGUUCCUAUGAAGGAACUACAUUUAACUGAUGGCAAGGACUUUGCCAUUAAUUCUUUCAGCUUUUAAGGACUAUUUUUUCUAUUAAAACAAGCAUACCUCUUGAAAGCAAACUGUGUCAUGCUCGUAAGAAUAUUUGUUGCUAAGGGUGAGAGUGCCAAGAAUUUAAAAAAAAAAUCCCACGACUUGCAUAGUUCAGUAUUGCUUUGAGUGAAUUGCCUCUUCAACAUCUGUAAUACAAAAUCUUUUGCAAGUCUGAACUGUGCAGAUUUCAAAUUCCAGCCUUCUGCAGCCAGAGGCAAUUGUUGCUGAACUAACACUGUAGUUUCUGAUGGCACUGAGACCCUAACAUGCUCUAAAAUGCUAACUCAGUAUGGAUUUGCAAUGUUUUUGAGCAGCUACUGCCUUGACAGCUUAAUACUUAAAACUUGAGCUGCUGAAGGUCAUGUGAGCUGCAAAGUCUCCAUCUCAGAGCAUAUCCCUCUAAUUCAACAUGCAAACAAAGUAACUUAUCUUUGAUAUUUCCUCAAAAUGGGAGGAGUGUCUUGGAAGUUGUGUCUGAAAUUGUUUAAUUCCUUCUGAAUCUGGGUUUUGCCACAGGCUUAGUAUUUGGGGGAUGAUAUUUAUUACUACUGUACCAACUUCUUUCCAGAGAUGACAUUUUGGCUAUGGGUCAAACUGGAGGAUUUUGUCAUUCUCUGCAUUGGAACCAGUUUGGUUUUGGGUUUUUUUUCUUUACAAACUGCUUAGGAAGCAUAGAUUUUACUUCAGCUGUGUAUGGUACACAACAAAGAACAACUUCAGCAUUAUCUGCCUUUCAGAAAAUUGUAUACAAGUGGUGUACAAUAUCUAGUAAGAGACAGAAAAACUAAAAGCACAGGCUCUUAACUGCAGGUUAUGCAGAGAAACAGCUAGCUUUUCUACUUGACAUUUUAGCUUUAGUUUUACUCCCCAUAAACUUAGUUAAUCUACACUUGUUACUGUUGCAGUCAAGGCUGGUAGCAGUGACCUGUCAAGGUGUGAAACACAUUUACUGCCUCCUUGCUUGCACUGGCCCUUUUUGCUUGUUGCUUUGCAUCACUUACUAACAAUGCACCAAGUCAUACUCUCUGGUUACCAAAAAAGGAGUUUUCACUGAAGUACUUGAUCUUGUUGACUCAGGCACUGUUCAUGUUCUGCAGGCAAAACAAAGUUGCUCUCUUCAUGACUAGAAUGAAGAAUCUGGUCACUUUUUUGUGUGUGUAAUUUAUCAUUACUUCAUUUCCUUUCUUUAAUAAACAUGUGAAGUUGUUGCUUUCUUGCACCUUCCUAUUCUUUCAGGAGAAAUAGGAUUACAAACUCUUCUGUCCAGGGGAAGAGGAAAAGGCAAUCUAAAUUCCUUAGACCAUUUGGAAUAUGCUCUAGGAAACAUCCUGAAUCCCUUCCCUACAGAGAAGGGAAGGAUAAAGAAAGGAAAAGAGGACUGAGCUGGAAGUUUUUUCAGUACAGUGAGUAGAGAGGUAGGUGUUAACAAUUCAGGAAAUGUUGGUAAUUCUGAAUACUAACUGUGAAGAUAACUACAUAUAAUUAUUGUAACUGACUAUAAUUAUAACUUAAAAUCAUUUCAGCAUGCUUCUUUAUGAGAUAGCACUUGAACUAAAGGCACAAGCUUCUUUAAUUAAACACAAAGUUCAAAA